UUGCUCCCUAGCCGCCUCACGCUCGACAACCGCCAUCACUACCCAGACCGACCGACCGACCGACCGACCGACCCGAGACGCCGCGAACAACAACAAUGUCUUCCGACGCGCCGUGCGCCAACCCGCUCCUGCUCGGGUGGGUGCAGGAGUGGGUGGUCCGCGCGCGGGAGCACAACUCCAAGGGCCUCACGACGUACCGCAAGGCGCACGCGGCGCUGCGGGCGUGCCCGGUGACCUUCGCGCACCCGUCGCAGCUGGCGCAGCUCAAGGGCUUCGGGCCGAAGCUGUGCGAGCGGCUGACGGAGCAGCUGGAGCAGCACUGCCGCGAGAACGGGCUGCCGAUGCCGAAGCGGCCGCGCCACGCCCGGCUGCCGGGCCUCGGGGACCUCGCCAACGACGACGACGACGAUAGCGACGACGCGGCCGACCGCCCGCCCAAGCGCCAGCGCCGCGCUAGGCCCUACGUCCCGACGCUCCGCUCCGGCGCCUACGCCCUGGUCCUCGGCCUCGCCACGCUGCCCGAGGGCGACCGCGCCGGCCUCACCAAGCCGCAGCUCGUCGAGCUCGCCCAGCCCCACUGCGACGCCUCCUUCACCGCGCCGCCCGACCCGACCAAGUUCUACACCGCCUGGAGCGCCAUGCGCACCCUCCUCGACAAGGACCUCGUCUACGAGCGCGGCCGCCCCACCCGCAGGUACCACCUCACCGAGGAGGGUUGGGAAGUCGCCCGCCGCAUCCAGCAGACGAUGGCGAAUCCCGGCGGGCCCGCGGCCGCAGCAGCAGCGGCGGCACCUGCUCCCGUAGCGAGGCCGCUGGCGCCCCGGCCCCGCGAGGUCGAAGAGGCCGGCCGCGUCGUCGCCGGCCGCGUGCCGUCGCCAGAGGCCGACGCCGAGGCCCAGCCGCAGCCGCAGCCGCAGCAGUCGGCCUACUACGACGUCGUCGCCAACGGCGACUCGUCCUCGGGAGCCGACGCGCUGCCGAACUUCGAGCCCAUCUGCCUGCCCCCGGGCUCUUUCGAGGUGCGCCUGGUGCUCGACGUUCGCGAAGUGCGCGCCAGGACGGACCGAGAUUACAUCCAGGACGAGCUCGCGAAGAAGGGCGCGCCGCCGAUCGUGCGGGCGCUGGAGCUCGGCGACGCGCUGUGGGUGGCCAAGUGCCGGGACGCGGGGGCGCUGCUGGGGCGGGGCGGGGCGGAGGGCGACGAGGUGGUGCUGGACCACAUCGUGGAGCGGAAGCGGCUGGACGACCUGGUGAGCAGCAUCCGGGACGGGCGGUUCCACGAGCAGAAGUUCCGGCUGGCGCGGUGCGGCGUGCGGCGCGUCGUGUACGUGGUCGAGGACGUGGCCAUGGACGCCGAGGCGCUCGACCGCCGCGCCGACGCGAUCCGCUCCGCCGUCGCCUCCACCCAGGUCCUCAGCGGCUACUUCGUCAAGCGCACCGCCAGGGUCGACGACACCGUCCGCUACCUCGCCCGCAUGACCGCCCUCCUCCGCCGCCGCUACGAGGCCCGCCCCCUCCUCGUCAUCCCCACCCACGUCCUCACCGCCCAGAACUACCUCCCCCUCCUCGCCCGCCUCCGCGCCGCCGCGCCCCCCGCCCCCGAGCACCACGUCACCUACCCCGCCUUCGCCUCGCUCGCGUCAAAGUCCGACCUCACCACCCUGCGCGAGCUCUUCCUCCGCAUGCUCAUGUGCACGCGCCAGGUGACGGGCGAGCGCGCGCUCGAGAUCCAGAAGCGCUGGCCCACACCCCACGGGUUCGUCAAGGCCUUCGAGGCCUGCGGCGCCGGGCCCGACGGCGACCGCCGCCGCCGCGAGAUGGUCUGGAGCCAGACGGGCAACCUCGUCGGCCGCAGGAAGAUCUCGAAGCAGCUCAGCGAGCGCAUCGCCGAGGUCUGGGGCGCCGAGUGAGCCUCGGUAACGAGCGAGGGCGAGCGAAUACGAGUUGAGCACGCUUCGGGGCGGGAAAGGGGGUAGUCGGAUUCCGGCGUUGCAUUUCCAGGGCGUAAAUAGCUUUGGCGCGUGUAUGGCCCGUUAGCCUUCGUCUAACAGUCCGUAGAGCCUCGUUGGAAGCCGACUCGCUCGCUAGCGACGGCCGGUAUAAAUAGAAACGUUGAGAACUGAUUCCGUCCGCCAUGCCUCUCCGCGGCUCUCUAAGACCGCAUGCCAUUCGAUGGCGUCCCCCGUAUCGUCCUAUAGGAAGCCAUCUAGGAUAUGCUGAAUAUUGCCCCGACGCACGCGCGAACUAGGAACGCAAGAGGAGCAGCUCGGGACCCUUUGCAGAUAGAUAUACCUCG